UGUUUGGCACAGAGCGUGUUGCAGCCAGACCACCAGCUGCUCCGUCGGUUGGCAUUGGCCAGUGGUCCGAGUUCAGCCCUCGGGGGGUGAAGGUGAGCGCUCCUCCGAGGGGUGACUGCUGCUGCCGUGCCACUUUUCUCAUUGUCCCAGUGCCACGGAUGGAGCUGCUCUUGCGGGAAGAGACUGGGAAGACUCUCAGUUGCUGCAUCAAGUGGUGCUAUAACAACUUAGAAGAAAAAAAAGAGGCUAUGUUCAGCUUCUUCCGAAAAAGUCAAGACUCGAAGAAGGUUACAGUGCCAGAGAGAGAAGCAGAUGGAUUUGUUAUUGUGGGUGACACAAUUGAUGAUCAAACUAGAGAGUCAAAGGAUAAAACUUCAUUUCCAGAGACCAGACCGGUGUACAACCAACCUUCACAGACAAAUACAGGGCACCGAUCGCAGUUGACUGUAUCGAGUGCAGAGGUGGGAAAUGAAAGGAGUCAAAAUUUGGAAAGCAGCCCUUUCAUGUCAGAUCUUCUGAGUGACGUACCCUUUGCCCUAGCACCACAUGUGUUAGCAGUACAGGGCACCCAUAAUGAUGUUCCUGACCGAUUGCUCACCUACGACAUCAAUGAUAAUUUAUCAAGAUUUUGGUAUGACUUUACACUUGAAAAUUCAGUGCUUUGUGAUCUGUAA